CGCGCCGCGCCCUUCGCCCCUGGCCAGCGCGCGCCGCGGCGGACACGUACUUCCUGCUGGGCCUCCGCGCGCCCCUUGGUCCUGCCGAGCCGAGCCCAGCCCUGCCCUUCCCUGCCAGAAAGCCGUUCGCCAUGGUGGACGAGCUGGUGUUACUGCUGCAUGCGCUCCUGAUGCGGCACCGAGCCCUGAGCAUCGAGAACAGCCAGCUCAUGGAACAGCUGCGGCUGCUGGUGUGCGAGAGGGCCACCCUGCUGCGCCAGGUACGUCCGCCCAGCUGUCCGGUUCCCUUUCCCGAGACGUUCAACGGCGAGAGCGCUCGGCUCCCCGAGUUUAUCGUGCAGACGGCAUCUUACAUGCUCGUCAACGAGAACCGAUUCUGCAACGACGCCAUGAAGGUGGCAUUCCUCAUCAGCCUGCUCACCGGGGAGGCCGAGGAAUGGGUGGUGCCCUACAUCGAGAUGGAUAGCCCCAUCCUGGGCGAUUACCGGGCUUUCCUUGAUGAGAUGAAACAGUGUUUCGGCUGGGACGACGACGAAGAGGACACCGAUGAGGACGAUGAUUACUAGGCCCUGAGACCCUCGGCCUGGGGGGAAGGCCCUGCACGCUGCCACCUCCUUCCCCCCUCCCCAGCUCGAGCCGCGUGCCCCCUCACCCUCCCUCCCACCCCCUUCCCUACCUUCUGCCUUCUGUGUCUGUCUCCCUGCCCCUGUAGUGCUUGUCUUUGUUCCAAGAAUAGCAUAGCGCUCCACUACCCUGCCAGCACUGGGGACUCCCUCUGCACCUUGCUGCCAACCCCUGGCCUGCUCCCAGGACCCUCUCCUGCUAAUUUGAACUUUGUCCUGAGCCCCAGCCCUAGUUUGUAACAGGACCCCUCUUACAAACUAGUGGAAUGACACACACACAGCUCUGCGCGUGCCUGCCAGGCCUCCAUCUGCCCAGAGACCUCUGCUGCCACUUCACCAUCCACCUGAUUCCAGCGACAGAUCGCCCACAUCUUUGGCAGUAAGGACCAACCUAGCAGACUUCUGACUUGGCUCCACCUCCUGGGACAUUGAUUUGGACAGCUUGCCACUACAAAGGACCUGUCUUCCAGCCUGGUUAGUUCAGCACCUACUUCCCGAGUUGUCCCAGGCCCACUGCGCUACCGGGGCCAGGGUGCCUGGUGGCCACACUGUUGACAUUUCUUUUCUUCUCGGCACCAGUUUUUCACAGCUGUCCUUUUCAUUUCAAAAUCUCAGCAUUCCCACAGAUGUGUGCAUUUGGACAAAAAUACUAAAA